CUUACCUCCCAAUCUUCAUGCCUCAAAAUGACAUCUUCCUCCUAUCCCACUCCACCACUCGUCUCCCUCAUCUCAGGCGGCAUCGCCGGCGGCGUAGAAGGCUUCCUAACCUACCCCUUCGAAUUCGCCAAAACCCGCAUCCAACUCCGCAGCUCCUCGCCUCGCUCCCCCCUCCCACGGAACCCCUACAGCAUCGUGCUAACCAUCUACCGGACCGAGGGUCUGCGCGCUCUGUACAAAGGCUGCGGAGCCCUCGUUUUCGGCUCGGUAGGCAAAGACGCUGUCCGCUUCCUGAGUUUCGAUACCGUGAAAAAUGCGUUCCGGGAUAAAGAGACGGGGACGUUGACGCCGGCGCGGAAUAUGCUGGCUGGUAUGACGGCGGGAGUCGUGGCGAGUGUAUGUGCUGUGACGCCUACGGAACGAAUCAAAACGGCGUUAAUCGACGACGCGAGGUCAGCGAAAAGAUAUAAGUCGACGGUUCAUUGUAUUAGGCUUAUUGUCCAAGAAGAUGGGUUUAAAGGACUGUAUAGAGGGUUGGCGGGAACGACACUGAAACAGGCAUCAGCGACGAGCUUUCGGAUGGGGAGUUAUAAUAUUAUUAAGGAUUUUGAGGAGAAGAGGGGUGUGGAGCAGAGUACGGGGGUUAAUUUUUUGAAUGGAGCGGUGGCGGGGACGGUGACGACGCUGUUGAGUCAGCCGUUUGAUACGGUGAAGACGAGGAGUCAGGCAGCGGAGGUUACGACUACGGUGCAGGCUAUUCAGAGUGUGUUAAAAGAGGAUGGGGUGAGGGGCUUUUGGAGGGGGACAGUGAUGAGGUUGAGUAGGACGGUUUUUAGUGGUGGAAUUCUGUUUACGACUGCAGAGGCUGUGUCGAAGGUUAUCACUCCAUUGCUGGCUCGGUGAUAAUUGAUCGUUGUGGUUGCAAGAUGGGCUAUCAGAAAAAGAAAGUACCAAGAGGUUACAAGUUACAGAGCGAGGUCAGAUAUUUAUACCCAUUAGAAUAUCGGUUGCAGCUUGCAUAGAUAGACAGAUUCGAUAGACAAGACUUAUUACUUCUCGCUGCGCUAG